UGUGGGACGUGUAGUUCCGCUUUUAGGCCGCUGCAUUUGAUAACAGAGCACGAAGGAGAUCAACAAAACAAAAUCAAGCGAAACUUGUGUGCGAUUGCUCGAGGGGGUCAAACAGAAACGGUGUCGUCAUGCCAGGCUUCACGUGCUGCGUGCCCGGGUGUUAUAAUAACUCACACCGGGACCGCGAGCUCCGGUUCUACACCUUCCCGAAAGACCCGACUCAGCGGGAGAUCUGGCUGAAGAACAUCUCCCGGGCCGGAGUGAGCGGCUGCUUCAGCACCUUCCAGCCCACUACAGGACACCGCGUGUGCAGCGUGCACUUCCCCGGGGGCAGGAAGACCUACACCAUCCGAGUCCCGACGCUCUUCCCGUUACGCGGAGUGAACGAGAGGAGAAGUCGGCGCGGCAGGGGCAGGAAGGUGCACGCUGCGUCUGCGCCUGCGCCUGCGCCCGCGCCAGUUCUCACCAGCUUCGGCGCAAUCCACAGUGAAGCACAUCAAGGCGAGACCGAGUUCGUGGUGCAGAUCGGACAGAACGGGCAGUACAUCUCACCCGUCGCUAUACCACCACCACCAUCAUCUUCUUCUUCAUCAUCAUCCUCAUCAUCGUUAGCAGCAGCAGCAGCAGCAGCAGUGGACGGCUCGUGCUCAGCGCCGGCGCUCAAGUCCGAGGAGGUGGUGGUGACGGUGGUACCGGAUGAGCCCGGUUCGCUCCUGGCGCUGUGCGGAGAGGAGCACUCGUACUCCCUGACCACCGGCACAACUUCAGCCGAGCUCCUGAGGAAACUCAACGAGCAGCGCGACAUCAUCGCCCUCAUGGAGGUGAAGAUGAAGGAGAUGAAGAACACCAUCCGCCAGCUGCGCGUGAGCGAAGCGCGCCUGCAGGAGGAGCUCCGCGAGCGCGACCGCGUGCUGUCCGGUAUCAGUGCGGUUCGGAAAAAAGUCUGACCCAAAAAAAAAACCCGGACCGAAACCCGAAACAGAACAAUGUUCUGGGAGGUGUUUAAUUUUUGUUUUGUUUUUGUUUGGAUUUGAAUUCUCAGUGUUUACAAACAAAAAAAAAAGUUAGGAGUGGGUGAUGGUGUCAAAAGAAAAAAAUUUCCACAAUGUGCUCCGUCUAGCCUUGAUAAACACAUGUGAGUUCUGUGAAACAUCAGUGACGUCAUGAAAUUACCGGGGGGGGGGAAAAACCAAAACAGUUCAGUGUUUUAAUGCCCAAGUAAGGAACGUCCUCAUUGUGACUUAUAAAUAUGCACGAGUAUGCAAAUAUGAACACGCCCCCACGACCACCUGCAUACUAAUAUCACUAACUUUAACACAGCUGUUUUACAGAAAUAUAUAUAUAUAUUCACAAUAUCCAGAUCAUCAUACCACCAUACAGUGUCAUGAUAAAAAAGGGAUCCAAGUGGUACUGUGCCUUGUCUCUGGGUCGGUACUGUCAAGUACACUUUUUGUACCUUUAGUGCGUAGUUUAGAUUUAAGGUCAAUCACGGUCCAUUCGUAUUCGUACGUUUACGUCACCAUCCACGUUUCGAGGUGAAAUUUAUGGAAUAAAGGUACAAAAUGUGUCCUCGUCAUACUUCCACAAGGAAAAGUACAGUUAAGUACCCUUAUUUUUUCUUUUCCCAAGAGUGUGUUCUGAAGAUUUCUGCUAAUGUCUGCGAGGUGAAGGCGUUACUCCUCAAGAAGAACUUCACUACCCAAGUCUUUUCUAGUUUCGACACAAUACCGGUAUCAGAGCUUCGGUACUGAUCCGAUACCGGUACCGACAUCGCCUCUGUGGAAAAUCACAGAUCGUUUUAACACGUUAAAAUAAAUAGUUCGGAAAAUAAAAUUGUUAAAGCCCAGGUAACGAAAUUGACACGAGUUAUAAAUAUGCACUGAUAUGCAAAUUCUGGACACGCCCUCACGAGCUUUUGGAUUUCCCGACAGCCUAAAUAUGAUUAAACUAAGAAGACUAUGCUGGCGAAUGAGUUAGUGGAUGAGUUAGUGGAUGAGUUAGUGGAUGAGUUAGUGGAUGAGUCACACGGGUGGGGAUUCAGUAUGGAAGAGUCGAGUUCCAUGGUGGUUUUGUCACUGAUUUAUUUUGAACAGAAAACAAACCUGUGGGAAUUUAACGCCGAGAUUCCAUCGUAGGCGGUCACGUGUAGCGUAAUAAACAAGCUUUUUAAUGAAGUACAUUUUUGUGUUUGUUACAGAAACACAGCGGGUGCAGAACAGACUGAAGAUUACAAUAGGCUUCUAAUCUUUGUAUCUCCUUUUUUUUUUUCCCCCCAUGAAAGCCAGCGUAUAUAAAUUCAGCAUAGACGUGUUCUCUCUCUCUCUCUCUCUCUCUCUCUGACUGUUCCAUCAGUACCUGGGUUUCAUUAUUCUGUAUUUAACAUCCUGAGGAUUCGAUCCAAAUCUGCGGACCGUCACCGUUUGCAAAAACGAACCGAGGAUUUGGAGUAAAAAAAUGAUUCAGAAUUCAAGUCUAUUUUUUUGAUGUAGUGAUCCUGUAAGAUUUUCAGACGCUUGUGUUAUUAUUAUACUAUUAAAAUGUUUGUUUUUAUUUUUUAUUAAAUUCUUGCAAAACCUUA